AUGCUCCCGGUGGAGAGGGAGACUGUCAAGAGGAAACUCAAAGGGCGGAUGAUGCAGAUGUAUGCCCUGGGAGGUACCAUUGGAACAGGUCUGUUUGUGGGUAUUGGUGGUGGUCUUGCUCAGGCGGGACCCUUGUCGCUGCUGUUGGGCUACUCAAUCACUAGUAUCUUUAUAUUUUCUAUGAUGCGAUGUCUGGGAGAAAUGACUACUUGGUUGCCUCUUCCUGGUGCUACACCAAGGUUCUGUUCACGCUUCGUUGAUGAUGCACUGGGCUUUGCUGUCGGCUGGAACCAGUGGUAUAACUGUGCCAUCACGGUCUGCGCAGAAAUAUCGGCUGCAGCUGCAGUCAUCCAGUUCUGGAAUGACACCAUCUCCCCCGCCGUAUGGAUCUCCAUCAUCCUCGUCCUCAUCUUCAUCUUCAACCUCAUCGACGUCGGAGUCUUUGGCGAAGUCGAAUUCGUCUUCUCCUGCGUCAAGAUUGUGGCCCUAGUUGGUCUCCUCAUUCUCUCUCUCGUCAUUGACCUGGGAGGCGGCCCAACUCAUGAUCGACUUGGAUUCAGAUACUGGAACAACCCUGGCGCCAUGGUCGAAUACAUUGUCGGCGGCGACACCGGCCGCUUCCUCGGCCUCUUCAACGCCCUCGUCAACGCCGUCUUCGCCUUCGCCGGCAUCGAAAUGAUUGCCGUCGCCGCCGGAGAAACAGAGAACCCCCGCCACAACAUCCCCAAGGCCGUGAACCGCCUCUUCUGGCGCAUCAUCUUCUUCUACGUCCUCGGAACGCUCGCCAUCGGCGUCAUCGUCCCCUACACCGACGACCGGCUCCUGAACGGCGGUGCUGGCGUUGCCAGCUCGCCGUGGGUCAUUGGCAUCACGCGCGCUGGCAUCAAGGUCCUUCCCUCCAUCAUCAACGCCGUCGUCCUCAUGUCUGCCGCCUCGGCUGGAAACGCCCUCCUCUACAGCGGCAGCCGGUAUCUCCUUGCCCUCGCCGAGGGUGGCCAGGCGCCCAAGUUCUUGCUCAAGUGCACCAAGAGGGGCGUGCCCAUCUACUGCGUCCUCGCCACGGGUUCUCUCGCGCCGCUCACCUACAUGGCUGUCAGCGCGGACAGCGCCAAGGUGUUUUCGUGGUUUGCCAAUCUCGUGACGACUGCGGCGCUGUUUACCUGGUGCAGCAUCUGCCUCGCGUACAUUGGCUUCGAUCGCGCAAUCCGUGCUCAGGGGAUCGACCGCAAGAAGGAACUGGCUUUUGGCGGCCUCUUCCAGCCGUAUCUCUCGUGGAUCAGCCUGGGAUUCUUCAUCAUUGUCAUCAUCUUUAAUGGAUUUAGUGUGUUUAUCCAUGGGCACUGGGAUGUGCAAAAGUUUGUGGUGGCCUAUGUUGGCAUACCCAUCUUCUUUACGCUAUUCUUUGGGUGGAAGAUAUUCCACAAGACAAAGAUGCACAACGCCAAUGACAUUGAUCUUCACACUGGGCGGCAGUUGGAUGAGUCUACUGAGUAUGAGGGGAAGCCGAAGAACUUGCUCGAGCGGCUCUGGGCUUGGGCUGCAUGA